AUGCAGCUCUCACAGAAGCUCAACCUCUGUUCGCUCUUUCUGCUCUCCAUGCUCUAUGUAGCGGCUUCUCGGGACCUUCCGAACGAUAGCCCUCAGAAUGGACGCUCGCUUCUCCCGGCGCCGGGCCCCGCGCCAACUUCAGCCACCGCUCCGACCUCAGCGUGCGUUACCAAGUGCAUCGACGAUGCGCUGAAGCAGGGCGGCUGCAAGAGCCUCUCCGACACGCUCUGUUUCUGCACCCAACUCGUACUGGCGGCAUCCGUGGACAAGUGCGUCCAGCGCGCCUGCCCCACCGAAGUGAACAGUGUUUUCGCGCUUUACGAGAACACUUGCGCAGGCUUUGGCUCCCUGCCCAGCAUCCUCCCGCCCGUCCUCGCCUCGUCGUCCUCGGCGUCGCAGGCUCCUGCUGGCACCGCGCCCGCCGCAUCGUCGUCGUUGGUCGCUCAGCCCGCGCCUUCUGCUUCCGCGGCGGCGACCACCUCCGCGACGGUCCAGGCCAGCACGACCCCGGCGGCAACGCCUUCUCCCACUUCGACCUCGAACCCGCGCGUGGUAUCGAGCGACACGGCUGGGACAGAGGUUACUGUCACCGUCACGAGCGCGGACGCCAACGCGUCCGGGUCGGGCUCCGCGCUGAACCCGACUGUGAACGGUGCCGCGCGGGCGGGGUGCAGCGUGCUUGGGGCAGGUGUAGUGCUCCUCGCCGCGGCGUGGAUUAUCUGA